UUGUUUCUGUCUUCAUGCUGUUCUGGGUGGCGUCAUCGCGUUGCGUUGAACAAGGAGGAAGUGAAAGAAACGGUCGGGUCGUUAGACUCGCUACAGACGACGCUGAACGUGAAGUACCGCAGAUAGUGAUGUAAAGCCUCUUCGGAUGGGUCGCUUCCUGGUCACAUCACAGGGCAGUCUUGGUCAGAGAUGGGUCUUGUGACUAUACAUUUAGGGGCAUUCUGCCUAAAUUCUUUAUCAGAUUAAUUCAUUUCUGUAUUACGCCCACCGAGUUUCACCUACGGACCAACACACAUAUACAAAAAUGGCACCAGUCCCACCUGGCAUUCGUUUCAUGGCAUCCUUCAAUAAGGACCAAUGGUACAAGGCCUUCACAUUCGCGCUCACUUUUCUUCUCUACACCAGCUUCCAUCUAUCCAGGAAGCCCAUCAGCAUUGUCAAGAGCGAGCUGCAUAAGAACUGCUCUCAGGUCAUGGAGUUAUCAACAGAGAGCAGCAGAAGUCACCGGCCUGGACUGCACCCGGAACUAGACUGCAGCUGGAAACCAUUUGAUAGAAGUAACUAUAAGCAGUUACUUGGAGCAAUGGAUUACUCUUUCCUGUUUGCUUAUGCUAUAGGCAUGUAUCUGAGUGGAAUCAUUGGAGAGCGUUUGCCCAUUCGUCUGUACCUGACUGUCGGCAUGUUGGCCAGUGGCCUUUUCACCUGUAUUUUUGGACUGGGAUACAUCUAUGACAUCCAUAGCCUUGGGUUCUAUAUAUUUGUUCAGGUGGUGAAUGGCUUGGUUCAGACCACUGGUUGGCCGAGUGUGGUCACUUGCAUUGGAAACUGGUUUGGCAAAGGCCGGAGAGGACUCAUCAUGGGUCUGUGGAACUCUCACACAUCAGUGGGGAACAUUCUGGGUUCUUUGAUCGCUGGAUAUUAUGUCUCCUCAAACUGGGGUCUGUCUUUCAUCGUGCCUGGCAUUAUCAUUGCUGCCAUGGGGGUCAUCUGCUUCUUCUUUUUGAUAGAGCACCCUAAUGAUCUCAAGACAGCCAGUGCCCAGAGCUCAGCUGCGAGUAAUCAGAAACUGCAUAAAACCUGGAAUGGUGUAAAAGGACAUAAAGACCUCUACUUACAGUACAAACAAGGAACUAAAACACAGAGCUGGGAUACAGAGCUCCUUCUUGGGCAGGAAAGCAUUGGAGUGUGUGUUCCUGUACAGCAGGUCGUGGUGGUGAAGAGUGAAGCAGAACCAUCAGCCAUCAGUUUCAUGGGGGCUUUACAAAUUCCUGGAGUGGUGGAGUUCUCUCUAUGUUUGCUGUUUGCCAAGUUGGUCAGUUAUACUUUCCUUUUCUGGCUCCCCCUCUACAUCACUAAAGCAGCUCACCUUGAUGCCAAGACAGCUGGAGAUCUAUCUACUCUUUUUGAUGUUGGAGGCAUUGUCGGAGGCAUUCUGGCUGGAGUAAUGUCUGAUAAGAUGGGAAAGAGGGCCACCACAUGUGCUGUGAUGCUUCUACUGGCUGCACCUACACUGUAUGGCUUCUCUAUGAUGAGUCAGUUUGGGUUUGGUCCCACUAUUGGAAUGCUGCUGGUGUGCGGUUGUUUAGUCAAUGGACCUUAUGCUCUCAUUACAACAGCUGUCUCUGCUGAUCUUGGCACCCACAAGAGUCUAAAGGGUAAUGCCAGGGCUCUCUCUACAGUUACAGCUAUUAUAGACGGGACAGGAUCUGUUGGCGCUGCUGUAGGACCUUUGCUUGCAGGGCUGUUGUCAGCAAGAGGUUGGAAUCAGGUCUUUUACAUGCUCAUGACUGCUGACUUUUUGGCACUUCUGCUGUUGCUGAGACUAGUAAUGAAGGAGCUUCGCUCUCGUAAGAACCGUCCAGGAGUUGCUGUCGAAAUGAAGGAACAUUGAGUACUUGCACUUACCCAAGGGAGAGAAAUGGAGAGAGGCGGAAUUAAAUGUAAAUGUUUAAAUUCAUCUCUCAUCUGUUAUAAUAUCUGACCACUUCCUAACCUGGACCACAACUUGAAUUUGGGACCAGUUCUCUACCCUUUGUUUGGACAAUACAAAGACAAUUUAUUACCUUUUUCAGAUGAGUAUCAGUGUAAGGUGACAGCCAAACCGCUUUGAGGAGAUAUUUUCUUUAUAUAACAUAUUUUUACUGAUUCACAGACUCUCAUGAUCUUUGAGUCUUGUGAUGGCAUAUUGAAUCUGCGGCUCUGCUUGGAUUUGUCCCUUGAGGGUUAAACCCAAACAAGUGAACAUGACCUAGAGAUCAAACCUAAACUUAACUCGAGUUGAAGACCGUACACCUGCACAACCAAAAGGAGCCUCUUUUUUUCUGGUAUUGAGGAGAAUCUUUCAUAAAUGCAGUGUCAUUUCUAAUCCUAGACCACGAAACUACUGCCAGGCAUGUAGCGCCUUACUAAAGUAAUAAUUUAAAUUGUCACAUGGAAUAGAAUGUGACAGUUUGUGCAAGAGAAGUGUAAUGAACUGUUUAAACAGAAAUUCAUUAUGUUCUCUGUCAUGAAUAAAGCCUGUGGAGUGAAUAUAAUGGGUUUAUGUAUAUAUGAUAAAUCUAUAAUAUAUUUAGGCCUAUAUUGUUCUCAUCUGCCUUUUUAUGAACCAAAGCCAAUAAUGUGCAUUGUUUAAAACCUUUAUUGUAUCACUGUUUCCUGUCUCUUGGUGUGCCGUUGUAAAAUGUUCUUAUCCUGUUUGUAUAUAGGGGAUCCACUAGGGCAUUCUGCCAUGUGAUCGUUCACUUUGACAAAUUAUUUUCUUAAUGUACUUAAUAUUGUAUUUAUUUAUUUUUCUUGUCAGUCUUUUAAUGCUGGCCUGCGUCUUGAAUAUUGUGGAAGAUUGAUUAUAAAAGGAGGAUAUCUGUACAACAUUUUUACUGCUCUGAAUAUAUUUAUCUAUUCCGAAUUUAGGUUGUUUAAUAUAAAUAAUACGAAACAAACCUUUUUUGUUGGUUAUUUGAUAUAUAAAUAAUUCACUGCCAUUCUGUAUAUGGUCAAUUUAAAUCUGUGGGAAUAAAUUCUGUUGACAGAAUUUUUAUUUAGGACCCUGCAGCUAUUCAUGUGUAAAGUGUAUAAUGUUCAGGAUUCUGUUGAUCUGCAAUGCUAGAGGCACAUGCAGAUGUUUAUUUUAAAGCUGGACCUCUUAUAUAACCAUGUGUCACGCAUAUGUGCAUCUGUCCUUAAAGGAGAGCACACUCUAGAUAAUUGAAUGCAUCUAUAUAAUUUAUGAAUAGUACUUUGGUGUAAUGAAAUGCAAAUUACAUUGUGCCUUUUUCUAUUAGUGUUUUUUUUUUUCAAAUAUUAUCAGCUGCUUUACAGGAUCCCUUGUUUGGGAAUUGUCUGAAUUAUGUUGCUAUGUGUGUAUACAGAAGACAUUUUGAAUAAAGUACACAAAUAGCU